AUGUCGCUUCUCGUCCCUUCCACAACACGUAAACUUCACCAAGCCGCUGAACAAGAAAUAAAACAGCUAAAAUCCUGGCAAACCAGCCAACCUCUUGACGAUUGUUGGAAUUUGCUAGAAGCAGGAGAUACAAAAGACAGCGCUGGACAGCAACCACUAAUCCCGGCGCCCAGUUUAUUCAAAUCUUUAACCAUUCCAACAACAACCAGCAUCAGUAAAGAUGAGUAUCCACUACCAACCCCCACCCAAUGCGCAGUCCACCUAGAACUCCUCGAAGUAUUUCUCGCCUUACGCUACAAAAUCGUCAACUCAACAGCAUUAGACACCACAUUCGGCGUUAAGGGGAGCAGUACCAGAACCGUAUGGAGAAAGAUAUUCGAUAUCGACCUGCGGAAAUCAGUCUAUAAAAAGGCGAUAAUACGUGAUGAUAGGUUUCAGGAUUGGCGGAGGGAGAAGUGGGAUUUUUAUUUGAGGAUUGCCGUGGAAAGGUUUGAUAUUUGGAUUAAGGCUGUGGAUAGGGUUGUUCAAGAGCAGAAGGAGGAAGGGGAAAAGGUUUCUUUGCCGUGUUUGCCUCCUUUGGAUGUUCUCAUGUUUUGGCAUGCAUUUCUGUUGAAUCCGGACGAUUUUGACACUUUUUGCAGCGAUCACAAGUUGAGAAUCAUUCGCCAUGUGGAAUUCCCCUGGACAUGGACCUACGAACUUCCCAGGUCAUCACUCGAAUGGACUAAACACGAUUGCCAAAUAGAGCCAGACCUAUUCCAAUACCUCAUCGAGAUUGGAGUAACACCAUCCAGCCCCAUUGCGCAAACACUGUCUCGAUUCGGAGACCCUAAAGAUCAACAAGUUGGGAGUCUAUGGACAACCCUGAAACAGAUGAUCCUCGGCGAACGGGAUAACCGAUUCAUGAAGAAUCUACUUCAGAUCCAAAUGGGCAUGCAGAUCCCGGCUCGCUUGGCUUUGACUGAAAACGUCAAACGUCAGGCUUCAUUCGUCGAUAAGAUGCAUAGUCAUCUCUGGAUCUCUAGUCCUGCUAUCAGCGGGACACUGCGUCGCGCAAUCGAUCGAUAUAGCAAGUUUCUCAAACUUUUCCAGCUGUAUCCCGGUAAAAUGCUCGUACCCACGCUGGAUAUUGAUUUAAUCUGGCAUACACACCAGUGCUCUGCAGUUCUAUACGAAGAAUCCGUGCGAGCAAUGACAGGACGGUAUAUUAAUCACAACGACAAGAUUGGGAAGAAAGAACUGGGUCAUGGCGCAGAUGAGACGCAGGAUUUGUUUCGUACACGAUUUGGGGAGGAGUACGAGAUGAUUACUACUGCGUUGGAGAAGCUUGAUGAGGACGGGGCUGAUUUGUUGACUGGUGAUGGGUUAGAUAUGUCCGAUUUGGCGGAGAAGGUUGGGAGGUAUCUUGCUUAUUACCGGGCGAAGGAGUUGGAUAGACGUGUUGAUCUUAGAAUCAACAUAUAA